AUGAAGUCUGCAGCUAUUCUUGCUCUCUUGGCCCAGGCCCUUGCUGUUACCGCCCAGCCACUUGAAGGUGACAGAACUCCAGGCACUCGUACCUUGGACCUCCCCAACUUCCCCGGUGGUAGCGUUCCAACUCGCGGCGUCGAAAAGCGCGCUGAUCUCCCUCCAGAUAACGGUGGCGGCAACGCUCCUGACCCAGACAAGGUUCACAUUGUUGGUGUCACCUAUGGCGGCACUGGAUGCCCUGAUGGCACUGUGAGCCAUGUUCUGUCCGACGACCGCCAGGUCAUGACCCUCAUCUUUGAUCAAUAUGUGGCUCAGAUUGGGCCGGGUGUCAAUACCAAGGAGAACCGCAAGAACUGCCAACUCAACAUCAAUCUCCGCUACCCAGGUGGAUUCCAGUUCUCUGUCUUCUCUGCGGAUUACCGUGGAUACGCAAACCUUGAGAAGGGUGUCUCUGGUACCCAGAAGUCCAUCUACUACUUCUCUGGUCAGACCGAGCAGACCUCCACGAGCACCACAUGGAAGGGCCCAAUUGACAAGGAUUACAUCCUUCACGACGAAGCCAACCAGACCUCUACUGUCUGGUCUCCAUGUGGAGCUAACGGUGCUUUGAACAUUAACUCCCAAGUCAGACUCACCUCUACUGACCGCAACGCUCGCGGUAUUCUCACCAACGACUCCGUCGACACGAGCUUUAAGCAAAUCGUCCACGUCAGAUGGCAACAGUGCACCAACUAG